GAGAGAGAGAGAGAGAGAGAGAGAGAGAGAGAGAGAGAGAAGGGUACUAUAGUGACACAGGAUUUCAGAAAGGAGGAGAGCAGUUGUGGGAUGGUCUGAGGUUUUUCCCAGUGGAGUGACUGUGGUCCUGGACCUGUGGCUCUGUCCAGUCUGACCCUGGCUACUGGAUGCCAGGUGGAUGCCAGGUCACCAUGAUGCCCUGGAAGAUGGUCAUUGUUGCACUAUUCUACUGCAAUAUCAACACAUGUGCCACUUAUCGGCAUAACAAAGUCCUUUACCCAUCAACUGUUCGAGUGAAGAGAGGGAUGGCAUCAAUGGUGAACCCCACUUUUCAGAACUCCAUAGAGGAUGUCAAUUUACUAUUUGAGAUCCUGCUGGCUGGCCUGCAGUUUGGAGACGAGCACACUCUGUUCUCCGUGCAGGACGAAGAGUUGGCCUCCCUGCGGAAGACCAAAAAGCUGGAAGUCAUCUGCGAGGACAUCCUGCCCAAAACACUCUCUGAUAUCCGUCGCCUGACCUCUGACCUUUCCAAUCACAUGGGCCACCUGCGCCUGGAGGACUUUGAGCGCACUGUGCUGACCAUGGUGUACACCGCCCAGCGGCUGGCCAACGCUACCACAGACCAGCAGAGAGACUUGUGGGCAGAGUCCUUUGUCAGUUUGUACAGAGCUAUCAAGCUGGACCUGACAGCUGAGAACGACCUCACAGCUAAAUGAUAUCGCAAUGUUGGGGAUUGAUACUAUACUGAUACAUAUCACUGCCUUUAUUUCCAGAUCUCUAUUGGAGAAGGAAUUUCUCUCAUUUUCUAUUAUUCAUUAUAGAUACAAUGUUUCAGCAUGAUUUUCUUGGCAACCCUUGAGGACUAUCGUAUCACAUGGACUCAAAAUUAAAGUUUCUGAGAUAUACUUUAA